CAGGUGCGUCUUCCAAGUGGUUGCUGCGAGGAAGAAUGGUUAGCCGUGAACAUUGUCGAUUUGUUCAAUGAGUUGAACCUCUUGGCGGGUGCUAUAAGUGAUAUCUGCACCGAGACGACAUGUCCAACAAUGAGUGCCGGCAGUUAUGCGUGGCAAUGGGCAGAUGGUGACAAAGUCAAGACGCCCCAGCAGCUGUCAGCGCCAAAGUAUAUAGAGAAGCUGUUGGUGUGGGUCGAAUCCCAGCUGGCAGACGAGACAUUUCUGCCUGUCAAGCCCGGGCAACCGUUCCCACCCCACUUCAAGAAGGGGAUCAAGGUGAUGUACAAGCGCCUUUUCCGAAUCUACGCACAUGUCUUCCACCACCACUUCAAGGAGUUGGCUGAGUGCGACGCUGAUGCUCACUUGAACCACUCCUUCAAGCAUUUCGUGUACUUCGUAAAGGAGUUUGACUUGGUAGAAGACUCGGAGUCCGAGCCUCGGCUGGCUCGGCUGAUUCCCGAGAAGGCUUCAACUGGCAUAGGCGAGCAUGAGCAUUUCACCAAGGAUUCCAUCUUAGGGGCUUCAGCUGCAGCGACCGACCGUUGUCGCAGGAGCUCCAAAGUAUGGCGGAAGCGAUUGGUGAAGAGCCUGCAGACACCGUGGAGGCGGCAACAGCUACAGCCUUCUUGGGAGACCGUUCGGACCGUCGAGCUGCAUGAGGAGGAGCGGAAUCUCAUUGCGCAGCAGCAGGCACAUGGUUGUUGUUUGAGUUGGUGCUGGGCCAUUCAGAACUGGCUCCUGGCAGCGAGUGUCGGAGCCCUGUGCUUUGUGACAUACGGCAUCAUCGAAAUCUCUGUUGGAGCCCUGUCCUCGUUUCGGUUUGGCUUCUGCAGUGCCGAACCUUUCAGGAGUGAAGAGCAUUGCCCAAAGGGACAGUGGGCCUCCUGGGGUGCCAAUAUCAUUGGAUUCAGCGCCUCCAUCUGUUUGGGCACCUGGAUGGCAGCGGCAUCUGCUUUCAUUGUGAGCCGCUUCGCACCUGCCGCUAGUGGAUCUGGCAUUCCGGAGGUGAAGACGAUUCUCAACGGCUUCGUACUGCCAGAUGUAGCUACGUUCCGCACUCUUCUCAUCAAGGUGCCCUGCUUGAUUUUGGCCGUGGCAUCUGGGUUGUCCCUCGGACAUGAGGGCGCGAAGCUGCGUGUAACGGAUCUGCUUGUGCCAAGAAUCACCUCCACGGUUUAG